CUUGACAACCCUAUGUGUCUGUGUGUGUGCGUGUGUGAGAGAGAGAGAGUUUGUACCUGUGGGGGAUGUUUUGUUUGACCCAGGAGAACAAGGAAUAAGAGUUCUGCUGUCAGAGUGAAGAGGGAGUGAAAUUUUACACCCAUCAAAAAGGCUUUCACACUGGUGAUGUCACGAGAACGGCUGCCUCUCAUUGGUUCAUCAGGGAAUAAAACAGCAGACAAGCCACAGCACUUCUCCCCAGCUCUCCAGCAUUCCAGUCAGGCCAAUCACCAAAAACGCAGCCGGCAGCAGACAAAUUCUUCCUCUCAUCCUCAUCCAGGGCCUUCUUCCAUCCUCGUCUCAGAUACCACCAUGGCGCCCUGGGGAGGCUUGGCUCUAUCUGAGUCCUCCUUUACCUCAAUCCCCCCACCACCUCCUCCACGUCCCCCUCCACCUCCACCUCCACCCCCGCCUGCUCCUCAGCCCACGCCAUCCACCCCUUAUCGUGGGGGACAGACGGAAGAUGAAGAAGCUUCAAGUUCAAGUUUUUAUUCUGAGGUUCCAUCUCCAUCUCUGGCAGUUCUUCAGGACAGCGCAGGUGUAGGAGGUCGAGGGUUGCGGGCAAGGCGAAAGGUGUUGCCCCAACGCCGCAUGCCUCGUCCUCCCCGCCUCCCACCGCUGCGUCAAGUCACCAAUCUCAGCUUCUCGCGGAGCUUCACUUUUUCCUUCUUCGAGCUGCCGUUGUACCAGUCACCUCGCUGUCGGGCUGAGCGCAUCAGAAACCUCAUGCUGCUUUUGAGACAGAUACACUACUGAAGUAUCAGAGCCGCAUGGACCAUAUUUUGUUAUAUCUUAUAUUUGGUUUUUCUCAGUGUUACUUGUAUCAUCUCAGUCUUUUCAAAUUAACAGUGGUGCAGUGAGUGAAGUUUUGCAUGUUAUUAUGUAAAAAUGAAAUUAAUAGGAAUCCUAUUAGAUCAAAAUAUAGUAGUUUUGAAGUACGCCAUUUUGGGUUUGAACUUUUGAACAUUUUGAAUUCUAAUUUUAUUUGCUUAAUAACUGUAAACGUGCCCUCUGUUCAAAAAACCUGAAAUUGCUGGCUUGUAACUCAAAAGCGUGGGAGGUUGUUUGACAUGUUUCCUAGAAUUUUAUGUCGAUAUAGUUUUUGUAGGGCGCAGCUUUUUGUUUUAAUAAUCUGAGGAUCUGGUGCCCCAGCUUUUCUCUAUUUAAUAGUAUUACCUUGUAUGAUACUGGCAUCAGUCUCAGUGAUGAGCUCAUACAUUUCAUAUUAUGUACAGUUUUUCUCUCCUUUCAUUCUGUUUUGCUUCUUUCUUUCUACAUGUGCCUCUCAUCCCUCAGUUCCCUUAUAUUAGGGUUUUUAAUUAAUUUCACAUUUGAUCAGUUAGAAUAGCUUUCAAAAAGUAUUGAUUGUGAAAAGUGGAAUACAUUAAAAUAGAUUUCAAGCUGGGAAAACA